UUAAACCGGGGUCCCAAAAUUGGUUAUUUGUAAGCCAAGGCGCGAAGAUUUGGCUUUUGAUUAUCCUUGAAAUGCUGAUUACAUUUUCAAACACGUGGCGGCCUCCACUCUCACUCCUCGCUCGGCUCCGCUCCCACUUCACUUUCUCCACUAAGUGCUACAUCGAUGAAGAGUGUAAUGACUUUUUGCCGUGGUUGGAACACAAGGCAGGGGUGGAGAUAUCUUCUUUGCUUUCAAUUGGAAAGUCUGCUUAUGGAAGGUCGCUCAUUGCUCGUCACCCUAUAAAACCAGGCGAUUUCUUGUUGAAGGUUCCAUACAAUGUGCAAUUGGCCCCUGAUAAUCUUCCUAGAGGAAUCGAUCCAUUAUUAGGAGAUAAUGUGGGCAAUGUUGCUAAAGUUGCCUUGUUGAUUCUAUAUGAGCAGAAGUUGGGCAAGAAAUCGAAAUGGGCCCCUUACAUUACUUGUCUUCCCCGGCCUGAAGAUAUGCACAGCACGAUAUUCUGGGAUGAGAACGAGUUAGAGAUGAUUCAACAAAGUUCUUUACAUCAGAAAACAAUUAUGCAUAAGCUGUUUGUCGAACAAGAAUUUUUAACAAUUAAAGAGGUUAGAAAGGGCUCUAUAUCUUUUGUCGGUUUGUUACUUCACUUGCUGUUGAAAUUCAUUGCAGUUUUACUUUUCUGUGAUAACAUUAUUGGUAAAGGACAUGUAUUUGAUCGUCUGUAUAUCCUUGAUGAAUAUGAGCCUCGAGUUGCUACCUACCCAGGUGUUGUGUCUCUAUUUGAAGCACAUUGUCGAUUUGGGCAUCCUUCUUUACCUAUGUUGAAGAAGCUUUGUCCUCAGUUUCAAAGUAUUUCUUCCUUGGACUAUGAGUCAUGUCAAUUUGCAAAACAUCAUCGCAGCACGUUAGAUCUAAGGGUUAAUAAACGGGUUGAGUCAGCUUUUGAGCUAAUUCAUUCUGAUGUUUGGGGACCAUGUCCUAUCGUUUCCAAAAUGGGACAUAAUCAAAACUCAAUUCAAUGCUACGAUCCGUACAAAACUCAAUUCAAUGCUACGAUCCGUACUUUGAGGAGUGAUAAUGCUAAAGAAUACAUGUCAGAGUCGUUUCAUUCCUACAUGAGACGACACGGUAUUCUUCAUCAGUCAUCAUGUGUUGAUACACCUUCUCAAAAUGGAGUUGCUGAGAGAAAGAAUAGGCAUUUACUUGAGACAACUCAGGCACUUUUGUUUCAAAUGAAGGUUCCUAAACAGUUUUGGGCCGAUGUAGUUUCUACGGCUUGUUUUCUGAUUAAUCACAUGCCAUCGACUGUGCUUGUUGGUAAUAUGCCCUAUAGUGUUCUUUUUCCAAACAAGUCUCUAUUUCCAGUGGAACCAAAGGUAUUUGGGAGCACGUGUUAUGUUCGAGAUGUUCGACCAUCUGUAACCAAGUUGGACCCUAAGGCAUUAAAGUGUGUUUUCUUGGGUUAUUCUCGUCUUCAGAAGGGGUAUCGAUGUUAUUCUACUAAACUUGGCAAAUAUUUGGUGUUAAAUGAUGUGGUAUUUUCAGAGAAUACACCAUUCUUCUAUAGACCUCCUAAUUCUACAAGUCAGGGGGAGGAAGAUGAGUGGUUAGUUUAUCAAAUUCCUUUUGCAGAUUUUGCAAAUCAUAGUGACCUCUCUGACAUAACUGUUUUGGGUAAUGAAGAGAAGCAACUUUCAGAGGUUAUUGCUAAUUGUAGUUACGCUCCCGGUGAUCAGGUGCUCAUAAGAUAUGGAAAGUUUUCAAAUGCAAGACUCCUUUUGGACUUUGGAUUUACUCUUCCUUGUAAUAUGUAUGACCAGGUUCAAGUUGAGCUGACGAUACCUCAUGAAGAUAAACUACGUCAGUUGAAGUUGGAGCUUUUGAGCAGACAUCAGACACCAAUUCUUAAAGAUGUCAAUGGAUUCAGUUCCUCUGAGAAUUCGUUUGCACUCAAGGAAGUUAGGUCUGCUGACGCUCAAGGUAGGGGAAUUCCACAGUCAAUUCGUGCAUUCGCUCGUGUUCUGUGCUCCAAUUCUCAACAAGAGAUAAAUUAUUUGGCUGUGGAAGCUGCCGGAAAUGAUGGUCGGCUGGCUCGGCGUCCACUAAAGGACAAGAGCAGAGAGAUUCAAGCACAUCAGUUUUUGCUCUCAAAAAUCACUGAGCUUAUAGAAGAGUAUAAUGCAUCUAUUAAGUCAUUGGAGCUGCGUACUCUGUGCAUGGUUGGGAAACUUGAUUCACGGAGGCAAAUUGCUCAAUACCUUCUUACUGGUGAGCUUUGUGUACUGAAAUCUGCUGCACUAUGGCUGGAAAAUUAUUGUGCAACUUUAUUCAGAGUUUAGAGAACAUUCUUAUGCUCGUUUGAGAAGCAAAAAGCUAAUCGCUUGUGGAGUCAGGUGCAUUCAUGCUUGCAAACUUUAGUUAUCUUAGUUUGAAUUGGUAGUCUUUAUCAUGGUGUGGAUCCUAUUAAAUAUAAGAAUUUCAUCUGUUUGCUUUCCUACGGAUGGAAAACGAUGAUCUUGAUUUGGCAUUAGGACAUAAAUCAUCUGUAUCCUGUCACUGUGUUGCUUCCUGUGGGGGAAGUCUGGUUAUCUCAAGUCUAAAGUUAUUGAGCUUGCCUGUCAUCUUUUAGUUGACGAGGCCUUGCAUAGCCCCCAAAAAAGUUCUCAGGGCUCUGUACAUUGAUGAGUAGAUGAGUACUGCAGAUGGUUUCCCAAGAAAGUAUAAUAAACACUUGCUUUUAACAGUCUGAAACAAUUGAAUAAUUGAUAUGAUUGGCGUGUAAAUAUUCUGAAAAGAGAGCUGCUUUGAUUCAUUCAUUCA